AUGGAUGUUCUCUUCUUCUCCUUCCUAGUUUGCCUUUUACUACUCGUUUCCUCCGUUCCUUCAGAAUGCAACCCAAAACCUGUCAUCUUCAAUUUCGGUGAUUCCAAUUCCGACACCGGGAAUUUUUUCAUCAUCCGUGGGAUGCUUUCACAACUCCCACAAAACUUUUCUCUUCCUGUACAGGACCGUUUGUGUAAUGGACGAUUGGUACUUGAUUUCCUAUGUGAAAGCUUGAAUGCUCGUCAUUUGAGUCCAUUCAUGGAAUCUGUAGGCUCAAACUUCACAAAUGGAGUUAAUUUUGCGCUUGCCGGUUCUUCAGCUUUUCCAAGAAGUACUCCUUUUAGUUUGGCUGUUCAAGUUGCGCAGUUUGCUCGAUUCAAAAGCCGUUCCCUUCAAUUCUUUUCUCCAGGAAUUGAAGGUUUAUUAGGAGAAGAGGACUUUGCAAAUGGCGUUUAUGUGAUUGACAUGGGACAGAACGAUCUGGAUACAGCAUUUGCUUCGCAUUCAUAUGCACAAGUUGUGGAGAGAAUUCCCUCAUUGAUUGCAGAAUUUGAAAAUGCUAUGUGGAGACUGUACCUUCUAGGGGCAAGGAAAUUCUGGGUACACAGCACAGGCCCACUAGGUUGCUUGCCUCUAAUACUAUCAAGAAGAAACUAUUCCGCCGGAGAUUUGGACCGCCAUGGAUGCUCAAGGGCCGUUAACCGAGCCGCACUGGAAUUCAACGACCAACUAUCCCGCCUCUGCCGCCAGCUCCGCCGCCGCAUGAAGGAGGUCACGGCGGUGGUAUAUGUGGAUGUGUUUGCAAUCAAAUAUGACCUCAUUGCCAAUUCCUCCAAGUACGGUUUUGAAGAGGACCCUAUGAGAGUGUGCUGCGGCCAUGGCGGCGGCCGCUACAACUUCAAUGCCACCUCCCAAUGCGGCAGCCAGGAUUUUCAAGUGUGUGACCGGAUGUCUGAAUAUGUGAAUUGGGAUGGAACUCACUACACUGAAGCUGCUAACAAAUUUGUUGCCACUAAAAUACUUUCAACUGUUUACUCCACGCCUCGCCUCGCAUUAGCUGACCUUUUCUUGCCCGGGUAUGUUGCACCAGAAUCAGUAAGUUAA